GCUCAAUCUUCGAGGCUAUGCAAUGUGUCACCAAAGAGGCAGAACCGGGCGGAGUUCCAACGGCGGCGCGCUCGCGAGCAGGGCUCUGGAAAUAGCAUCGUAGUUUUUGCUAGACAGUCGCUCUCUCGGGGUCACCUCCGCGUCGCGCUGGGAAUCUCUAACGGACCGCGAGACGGGUUUGAGUAAACACAGGGUGCAGGACAGGAGUAACUUCUCAUUUGUGCAGAGUGACUCGUUUUAUUCUGUGUGGUUUGAAUUAAUUGAACAGUUUGGUUACAUUUCGUCAUCUGUUUGGCAAUGGAUAAACAGCACGUCAGAAUGCCUGAUGCACAUACUUCAUGAGCCGAACGCCGGUGUGAAGAAAGUAAUCAGGAUUUUGUGUCCUCGGUUUUUGCAACAGACCAUGGCACGUUAGUGUGUUUUGCUCGGACUAUGAUUUUCUAACUAAGUCAUUCUGUGGAACGUGGUACGGAUAUUUUUGUGUGUGUGUGCAGCGAACGACCGUUUGUCAGAAUGAGCGUGCAGUUGAACGUCCCUGUGCCUUGCAUCCGCACGGGUAGGUCUUGGCACAAGCGUGUGGACACAGACGAGCCGGUCGCGAAAUGCGCCCGGUUAAGCGAGUCCUCAAGUGACGCGGGGCUUCUCGGCAGCUCUCCAGGGUCUCCCGUGAAUUUGGGUCCCUUGACCGGCACCGCAACCCACCAGGGUCCCUCCCGGAUCUGUCAGUUCCUGCUGCUACCUUUAGCGGACCGGUCAGGGGUGCACAGCGCACUUAACAUCGAGACGGGAGAGGAGCUCGUGUGUAAGGUGUUUGACAUGGGGAUCUACCAGGAGAAGGUGCGGGCCUACGACCUGCUCCCAGCCCACGGGAACAUCGCCGGGAUCCGGGAGGUGAUCCUGGGGGAGAGGAAGGCCUACGUGUUCCAGGAGAAGGACUACGGGGACAUGCACACCUACGUGAAGAGCUGCCGGAGGCUGGCGGAGGAGCAGGCGGCCCGACUCUUCCAGCAGGUGGCCUCCGCCGUUGCGCACUGCCACCAGGCCGGCAUCGUCCUCGGAGACCUGAAGCUGCGCAAGUUUGUGUUCACAGAUGAGAAGAGGACUCGUGUGAAGUUGGAGGGGCUGGAGGACUGCCGCAUCCUGCCCGGCGACGACGACCUGGUGUCGGACACGCACGGCUGCCCGGCCUACGUCAGCCCCGAGAUCCUGAGCGGCGGGGUCGGGGUGCGGGGCGGCGGCGGCGGCGGCGGCGGCGGCGGCGGCUGCUACUCGGGCCGGGCGGCGGACGCCUGGAGCCUGGGCGUGGUGCUCUACACCAUGCUGGCGGGCCGCUACCCGUUCCACGACCCGGACCCGGCCGCGCUGUUCUCGCGCAUCCGCAGGGGCCAGUACUGCCUGCCCGAGGGCCUGUCCGCCAAGGCCCGGUGCCUGCUGCGCAGCCUGCUGAGGAGGGACCCCGCCGAGAGGCUGACCGCCGCCGAGGUGCUCAUCCACCCGUGGCUGAGCCGGGGGGGCCGAGACGAGGACGCGGCCAGAGGCGGGGAACAGGAAGUCAGCCCCACGGACCAGGCAGUGCCCUCCACAGACUCAGAGCCAGAGGACAGUAACCUCUUCCUCUAAUGGACCCCGGGGCAUUGACGCUCUUGUUGUUUUUGUUUUUUGUUUUUUUCGCCCCCAAAGACUCAUUGUUUUGGACCAAAACAUUUUCUGAUUCUGAAGCAUUGCUUUGGAAUUGUUUCUUUAUUGUUGUCGUCGGGUGUUUUUUUGUUGUUUUGUUGUGGGUACUUAAGUAUUCACUUGUGCCCUCAUGCGCGAUGUACUGUAGGGUCUGUGGUUGUUUUAAGGGCAUUCAAGCGUAUGUUCAACCAGUGUGUGUGUGUGUGUGUGUGUGUGUGUGGAGAAGAAGUCAUUCGGUGCUAAUGAACUGCUCGCUCUUAGAGCAGCACACACACACACACUUAAACACACACACAAACACACACACACACACACCACACUUUGGGAGUCUGAGGAAAAAUGAAGAAUAACUCGCCAAUGGGGGAAAAAGAAGGAGAGGAAAGCUCUAAUGUCAAGCUGCAGGAUUGCUGUGAUGACUCACACACAUCAGGCCAGACCUCAGGAUUCACAACACAUUAGCUAACACACACAGACACGAGCACACAUUUCAGGCCAGAGGCUAUAACUGACUCUUUCUCGCACAUACACACACACACCACUGCUGGGCCAUGGCUCAUUCAGCACAGAGAAACAGCGUGUGUGGUUCUUUAUGUUUGUGCAUGAGCACUCACACUGUAACGUUCUAGAUCAGGUUCGCCACAUGUUCACCUCAACCUUUACACCUCUCUCUCUCUCACUCCUUCUCACUCACUCUCUCUCCUUCUCUCUUUCACUCUCUCUCCCUCUCUCCUACCCUCUUUCACUCUCUCUCUCCCUCUCUCCUUCCCUCUUUCACUCUCCUCUCCUUCCCUCUUUCACUCUCUCUCUCCCCCUCUCUCUCUCCCUCUCUCUCUCUCUCUCUCCCUCCUUCUCUCUUUCACUCGCUCUCUUUCUGUCUCUCAUCCUGCAGUGUUAAGUAGUGCUCGAGGGGGUGGGGGGUGGGGGGGGAGUUGUCGUGUCAUGUGUCGUGCCCUUCACUGACACUUUAGGCACGAGGGGCUAUUAGCCAUCCACUAGCUCAGCUGAUAGCACGCUGCUGCCAUCCCCCCCCCCCCCUCCUGCCGUAACACAAGACCCCAUUCAGCUGGACCCCCUCCUGAGUAGCCUAGCAGUUACACAUGGCAUUGCAUCUAUACAUAGUGUUAGCGAUUAGCUGACCAUGGUUUUAGAGUGAUAGUUAUAAUUAGCGAUAACAGAUUGCAAUUACAGAUUGAUGGCGUCGGCGGUGAAAGGCAGGCGGCAUAGGACAUGUUGCCACGUAUAUAGCAUGUUCACGGUAGCAAUAUUUUAGCACAGCGAGAGCAGACUCGAGGACAAUCUGCCAGCUACACGGUUCAUGUCGAACAGCCAGUGAACAGAAGGCUUCCUGAUCUCCUGGAGUUGUUGUGUGUUGUUGUCUCAUCCUCCCAUUUAUUGUACCUCGGCCUUGAACUUUGUGUUUGUGUUUCAAUUACUGUAAGUAGGCCAUACAGCCUACAGAUUCAGGUGAGGUGCAAUGUGAGAAGCCUUGUGACUCAACACCUUGGCGUUUCAAGAGAGAGAAAGUAAAGGGAGGGAGAGAGAGAGACAGACAGACAUCUGGGAAUGGUUUGUGUCGGUGUGCAUGCGUGCUUGUGUGCUUGUGUGUGUAUGUGUGUGUGUGUGCGUGCGUGCGUGUUUUGUACUUUCACUCUUCACAAACCCCACCGUUACAGGCCGACUGUGUUAUGAGUUACCAACCAGAAGCUCUCUCUUCCCCCUCCAUUAAGAGCAGUUGCACAUCAGAUGUAAUGAAAAGGUAUUUCCUGUUUGUGUGUUACUUGUUCUCUGAAAAGCCUUUUAGCACAAAAAUGCAUUUUCUCUGACAGGACGAACGUUGCUAAAAAUGGCAGAUGAUUACAGCUCAUAAAUGAUACUGACAUUAGUGCACAAAGUUCAUUUUGCACUGUGAAUUAUGUAUUUGUGACCGAACCUCAAGGCUAAACCCAAAAGGUUAAAUGGGGGGGAAACGUUCAUUGUGUAAAUGAAAACCAUGUAAAUACUGUUCUUGUAUAUUAAAGCUCGGUGGACAAGCAAAACAAAAAGUAAAGAUCA